UUCCCCUCUUCGACCCGGCCACCCGAGAGAGACAAGAAACAGAUCUCAACGUUCCAUUUUCUCUUCAUCCCAAACUCCAGAGCUACUCAACUGUUCAUCUUUGGAAUUUCCGGCGUCAAUCGAUAUCUUCCGCCAUCGGCCGGGAACAACCAUUCAGGACUUUAUCGGAGUUUGAUCCAUUCUGGAUUUGAAGAAAUAUGGCAUCUCGAAACCAGAAUAGGCCCCCUCGCAGUCCAGCUAAAAAGGAUGUUCCAGACGAUAUUCCCUUUGACAAACGGAGGAAGAUUGGAGCUGGAAGAACAUUAGGGCCUGCAGCUGGUGCCCGCGGAAGACAGCCGUUUUUAGAUGUUAACAGUAGGCAGGGGGUUUCUGCUAGUGAUGCGUGUAGCAUCGAUGACUCUGAAUGCGGCCCCAUUGAGUUCACAAAAGAAGAGAUUGAUGCGUUGUUAAACGAGAAGUUAAAAGGGAAGAAAUUUGAUUUGAAGGGGAAAGUUGAUCAAAUAACUGAUCAUAAUAAGAGGCUCAAGCUUUGCAUCAAAUGGUUCCAACAAGUCGAGGAAAGUCAUCUUCUUGAUGAGGAAAGACUUCGAACUGCUCUAGAAUCUGCUGAGAAAAAAUGCUCUGACAUAGAGUUGGAAAUGAAAGAAAGAGUGGACGAGUUCUCUUCCACUAUUUCAGUGCUAAGGAAUAAUGUCGCGUCUUUGGAAGAGAAAUGUGCAAAAGAAGAAUCUGAUAAGUUGGAUGCAAUUGAGUGCCACAGAAGAGAGAAAGAUGCCCGACUUGCAGCCGAGACUUCACAAGUUUCUCUUUCAGGCGACCUCGAGAAAGCUCUCCAAGAGAAAUUAGCUGCUGAGAAGAGGCUUGCUUCUAAUGAAGAUUUAUAUAAAAGAGCUCAGGAGUACAAUAUUAGUCUUCAACAGUAUAAUAGUAAACUCCAAGCUGAUCUUGAUACGACUAGUGAGUCACUCAAACGAGUAGGGAUGGAGAAAAUGACAGUUGUGGAGAAUUUAAGCACGUUAAGGGGCCACAACAAGACACUGCAGGAACAACUAAGAUCUUUGAAAGCUUCAUUAGAGGAGGCAGUGAAACAAAAAGAUACAUUGACAAAUGACAUUAAGUGUCUUCGUGAAGAGCUACAACAAGUGAGAAAUGAUCGUGACCGUCUAACCAAUCAGGUGCUGGCCUUGACCGCCGAAGUGGAGAAACUUAAAGAGGUCAGCGGUAAAUCGUGUAUUGAGUUGGAUAGCCUGACAGUAAAAUCAAAUGCCUUAGAGGAGACAUGCUCUUCACAAAGGGAGCAAAUACGCACGCUUGAUCACCAACUAACAGCUGCAAAUGAAAAAUUGAAAAUGGCAGAUUUAUCUGCUUUCCAAACUAGGUCAGAAUAUGAAGAACAGAAAAGGUAUAUUAGUGACUUACAAAGCCGCCUGGCAGAUGCAGAGCUGCAAAUUACAGAGGGAGAGAAGUUAAGAAAAAAACUUCACAACACAAUACUGGAAUUAAAAGGGAAUAUUCGUGUAUUCUGCCGAGUACGUCCCUUGCUACCAGAUGAUGGUGUGGGAGCAGAAACCACGGUUAUCUCCUAUCCAACAUCAACAGAAGCUCUUGGCCGUGGUAUUGAUUUGUCACAGAGUGGGCAGAAAUAUCCCUUCACGUUUGACAAAGUGUUUAAUCAUGAGGCUUCUCAACAGGAUGUUUUUGUUGAAAUAUCCCAGCUGGUGCAGAGUGCCCUUGAUGGCUACAAGGUAUGUAUAUUUGCCUAUGGUCAAACCGGAUCUGGCAAAACCUAUACAAUGAUGGGAAGACCCGAAGCUUCAGAGCAAAAAGGGUUGAUACCACGUUCUCUUGAACAGAUAUUUCAAGUUAGUCAGUCCCUUCAAGCUCAGGGUUGGAAAUACAAAAUGCAGGUUUCCAUGUUAGAAAUAUACAACGAAACCAUCCGUGAUUUGCUGUCAACACAUCGAUCAAUUGGUUCUGACACAACAAGGACAGAAAAUGGUGUUCUUGGUAAACAGUACACCAUCAAACAUGAUGCAAACGGGAACACGCAUGUUUCAGAUCUCACCAUCGUCGAUGUCUGCAGUAUUAGAGAGAUCUCUUCACUCCUACAGCAGGCUGCCCAUAGCAGGUCCGUAGGCAGGACCCAAAUGAACGAGCAGUCAUCAAGAAGUCAUUUUGUAUUUACACUGCGUAUAUCAGGCGUAAAUGAGAGCACUGAACAACAAGUUCAGGGGGUUUUAAAUCUCAUCGAUCUUGCUGGAAGUGAACGGCUUUCCAGGAGUGGGGCAACUGGGGAUCGGUUGAAGGAAACACAGGCUAUAAACAAAAGUUUGUCCUGUUUGAGUGAUGUUAUAUUUGCCUUGGGUAAGAAGGAAGACCACGUCCCGUUUAGGAACUCCAAGCUUACGUAUCUUCUCCAGCCAUGUUUAGGCGGAGACUCAAAAACUUUGAUGUUUGUCAAUAUCUCCCCUGAUUCAACAUCUGUGAAUGAGUCGCUUUGCUCCCUUCGGUUUGCCGCCAGAGUCAAUGCCUGUGAAAUUGGCAUCCCGAGGCGACAAACAACCAUGCGACCUGCAGAUUCUCGCUUGAGUUAUGGCUAAAAUUGGGCUGUGUACACUCGCACACAAUAAAUCUUAUUUGUUUCACAGGGGGUUGUAGUAGUAUUACUGAGUGUUGUAGAUGUUUUGUUGGGAUCAACUUUACUAAUCUGUAUUAAUAUCAGAGUUAGAAGUCAGGCUGUGCCCUUUUUAACAUGAUUUUUCAUUUCUCUGUACAACAGUUUAUGAUUUUAUGAACCUCAACAUAAAUAUUUCUCAUAUUUCUAAUUUCAAUCCAUGAAGUUGAGGCUGGAA